AGACGGUCUAUUCGUGGACUUGAUAUGCUUUCAUGCUGCAGAUACCUUUAACAUAUUUUCUGGCCCUAUUACUCCGGAUAACAGCUCUAUUCACGCCCAGCAGUCGCAGCGGGAGGACACCCGGUCUGCAGUUCGGUCUGCGCCAUGAACAUGCAGUAUCUACCACUGGUCGAGUCGUCUUCAAGGAUGCCUUGACUCAAGCAAUACCCUCCGCGUAUACAUUGCAUACCAAGGAUAUCACGGCAUACCAUCCAUCACUGCGUUCGGAUGCCAUAGCUCGUAUAGGGAGAGCUUCGUCCAUUCACAGCCAGGUAUGCGAGGAUCAGCUUUGGGAGGAGGAGGAAGUCCUGGGACCGGAUGUGGAAAGUCGCGAGACAUUGCUGGAAUUGGCCAAGAUGACGAAUAACGCAUAUGUGGAACCCGAUGACUCGCAGUGGUAUGAUCUGGGUUCCAACUGGACAAAUGCAUAUCCAGUGGGCUGGGAACCCGAUGAGGACGGCUUCAGGGGACAUGUGUUUGCUACACCUGACAACUCUACGAUCGUGCUAUCCAUCAAGGGCACGUCCGCUGGCUUCUUUGGAGGCGGCGGACCUACUGCGAAGAAGGACAAGCUCAAUGACAAUCUCCUCUUCAGUUGUUGCUGUGCCAGGGUUGACUGGACCUGGACGCCGGUCUGCGGUUGUUAUCGCAGUGGUAACAGAUGUGAUAUAGAUUGUCUGGAACGGUCAUUGAUCGACGAUAGUCUGUUUUAUCCUAUCGGAACGAAUCUGUAUAAUAAUCUGACGUACAUGUAUCCUGAAUCCAAUAUCUGGAUAAUUGGACAUUCGUUGGGGGGCGCGUUGGCGUCGUUGCUGGGUGUUACGUUCGGGGUACCAGUAGUUACCUUUGAAUCUCCCGGAGAGAAGAUGGCAGCUGGAAGGCUGCAUCUUCCAUCGCCACCAUCUACGCAUCACGUUACCCAUGUCUACCAUACCGCUGACCCCAUCCCUAUGGGCACAUGCAACGGUAUUCUGUCCUCUUGCGCAUUAGCCGGCUACGCAAUGGAAAGUCGCUGUCAUUUAGGCCGGUCAAUUAUAUUCGACACUGUCUCGAAUCUGUCUUGGGCCGUCGACAUCCGCACGCACGGAAUCGUCAACGUCAUCGAGAACCUCCUGUCUCACCCGUGGGCGCCGAGCGAAGAAGUGGGAAGAGAAGUCCCGGAACCCACUCCGGAAGACGAUUGCGUGGAAUGUUACGAUUGGGAGUUUGGCGACUUCCCUCAGUGAUCCGUAGAUUGCCAGCCUUCUCUCGGUGUCCAUUCUUAAUUGUGUAUUCUUACAGAUUGGAUACGUGUUUAUCAGGGUUUUCGCUUCUGUAAUAUCAUAUACUCAUACCUGCAUCCCACGAAGACAGUUUACUUUGUCACGAAUAAAGCUGGUCCUUGUCGCCUCUUUUCUCCUCGAAGAAAGAUCCAUAUCGACACAUCGCCCGAGACAACUUGCCCUACACCGCAUGGUUCGAGCGAUGGCCAGAAGUUGGAACCGGAGAUCGACGUCGACGGACUCUUCUCC